CCGUCAUCCUCCUUCGGUGGUUCUGCAUAACUCAAUCAUUCAAUAUGGCAGCCCACAGGAUAGCAUGUUUAGGGUUAAAUGCCCUUUAUUCUACUGUCUACGCCCCAAAGCAGGCCCUGAGGAGCUGCUGGGGGGCGGUGGAGCAGGUGAGGGGUUACUAUGUGGACUGGAGGAUGCUUAGGGACGUAAAGAGAAGACAGAUGGCUUUUGACUAUGCUGAUGAGCGGUUACGGAUGAAUGCACUGAGGAAGAACACCAUCCUACCCAAAGAGCUUCAGGAGGUGGCAGAUAAAGAAAUUGCAACAUUACCAAGGGACAGCUGUCCUGUGAGAAUACGCAACAGGUGUGUGAUGACAUCCAGACCUCGGGGGGUGAAGCGGAGGUGGCGCCUGAGCCGAAUUGUUUUCCGUCAUUUGGCUGAUCACAACCAGAUGUCUGGGAUUCUGAGGGCAAGGUGGUGAUGGGGAUCCAUUGGAAACGACAAUCGGAUGGAUUAUAUAAAUAAAAAAACAGUGGUUAUUUUCAGAAACAGCUUUCAAUAUAGACUUGUUUUGGCAUUUUAGUGUCUGCAGUCUUUAGAGGAAUUGACUUAUAAAACAGUUUAACCACUACUCAUACCAUGCCAGGAAUGUGUUAAUGUUUAAAGUGAAUUACUACAGCAUAUUUUUUGUAUUUCGAUAAUGCUGAGGAGAUAACGAAUUAUCCUUUCUGUAGAUUAUAUGCUUUGUUUUCUCGUGGCUCUUCUAAAUACGAAAAAACAACAUCAUAUUCAAAGAGAAAAUUAUAACGUGACUUCACAGAAGAGUAAAUCUCCAUGUAACUUGAGAACGCAAUGGAUGAAUAAAUAUUGUUGU